AUGGCGACGCUGGGGCUGGACGAAGACGAGCUCAAGUCGGUAGAGCACAUCGUGGCACGGCUGGCCCAGCUAUCCAGCAGCAUUCAAAGCCUCAAGAUGGACAUUCUCAAGAGCAACCCCCUGCCGCACCCCUCGUCCCUCCAGGCGUCUGCGCAGAUCCUCCAGCGCAACCUGCAGUCGGUCCUCGAGAGCCUCAACGACAACGCGGAGCUCUUUACGCGAAUGGUCAUCCACCCGUCGACAAACUACCCCGGCCGGACGCAGGAGAAUAUCCUGACGCAGCUGCUGCGCAAGAAGCUGGAGCCCGAUGUGGAGGAGCUGGUUGCCGAGGGGCGCGAGACGGCGAGGCUCGCAACGGCCGAGGGGAUCGCGGCGCUGCAGGCCAUCUGGGACGAGCUGCGGGAGUGGACGCAGGGGAGGAUCGCGGCCUAUGUGCGGGAGGAGGCUGGGGACGUGUACACCCGCGAGGAGAGGGAGGCCGGGGUGGACAAUGUGAGGACGGGCCUGAGGAGGGGGCUUGACGAGAGCGACGACGAGGACGACGAGGCCGGCGGGGGCGAGGGCGAGGGCGAGGACGAGGACGAGGACGGCGACGAGGACGGCGAGAGGGGCGCCGCGGUGGUGCCUAGGGGCCCUGAGCCGGAGAUGCUCUUGUGGUUCGGGGCCAGGGGCGACUUUGAGCUGCCGCGGAAUGUCGAGUUUGAGCGCAAGGUUGGAGUGAGGAGGGGACUCGAGGGCAUCAAUGUGCCGCCUGACAGGAUGGACAGCGCCGCCUCAUCCUAG